AUAACUCUGGGCGGUUGCAGUCUGGGGCGCAGUCUGGGGCAGCAGACACCCAGCAGCUCAGAGCUGAACUGACAGCAUGAAGGCCCUCCUGGCCCUGCCGCUGCUCCUGCUUCUCUCCACUCCGCCCUGUGCUCCCCAGGCCUCCGGGAUCCGGGGCGAUGCUCUGGAGAAGUCUUGCCUGCAGCAGCCCCUAGACUGCGAUGACAUCUACGCACAGGGAUAUCAGGCAGAUGGCGUGUACCUCAUCUACCCCUCGGGCCCCAGCGUGCCCGUGCCUGUCUUCUGUGACAUGACCACGGAGGGCGGAAAGUGGACAAUUUUUCAGAAGCGAUUCAAUGGCUCGGUGAGUUUCUUCCGGGGCUGGAAUGAUUAUAAGAUGGGCUUUGGCCGUGCUGACGGGGAGUACUGGCUGGGGCUGCAGAACAUGCACCUCCUGACACUGAAGCAGAAGUAUGAGCUGCGGGUGGACUUGGAGGACUUUGAAAACAACACAGCCUAUGCCAAAUAUGUGGACUUCUCCAUCUCCCCUAACGCAAUCAGCGCUGAGGAGGACGGCUAUACCCUCUAUGUGGCAGGCUUUGAGGACGGCGGGGCAGGUGACUCCCUCUCCUACCACAGUGGCCAGAAGUUCUCCACUUUUGACCGGGACCAGGACCUCUUUGUUCAGAACUGUGCAGCCCUCUCCUCAGGAGCCUUCUGGUUCCGCAGCUGCCACUUCGCCAACCUCAAUGGGUUCUACCUGGGCGGUUCCCACCUCUCCUAUGCCAAUGGCAUCAACUGGGCUCAGUGGAAGGGCUUCUACUACUCCCUCAAGCGCACAGAAAUGAAAAUCCGCCGGGCAUGAAAUCCCUCAGGCUCCAGCCUUCCCUGGCUGCUCCUGGUCUCCAUGAGCACAUCCUCUCCCCCUACCUCCACCCCAUAAAUUGGUUCUGCUUCCCUCUCAGCACCUGUCUCUCACAGGGAGCCUUGUGGCUCUAGCCCCAGCUGACCCCAUCACAUACCUCUGCUGCCCUCCACCUGAAGCUCUGGUGCCAAAAGCUUCCCAGGUUUUCUCUGAAAGACUAGCCAUCUCAGCCCACACUUGGCGAGGCUCCACCAGACUCAGUUUCCUCUCCCCUAUCCCAAAGUCUGAGAGCCAGGAGCUGCUCUCACUGGCUGUAGGUUUUUCUGCUUCACCUUGGCCAGCACCCUUAAACCGUGGACAGCUUGCUCUGGGGCCAUCCUACCAGGUUAGAUUGAGCUGAUAUAGGCUGCCCACAACAUAUACCAGGCUACACACGAGCACUCCCUCUGGCUUGUCUCAGAGCACCUUCAUCCUUGGUCUCCUUAACACCAACUUAUUCCCCACUAGUGAGCAACUUACUCCCCCAGCCCCAUUCUGUUAUACUCAACUUCCCCUACUUGCCUGUCUCAGGCCCCCCAAAGCUCAAAACUGUAACUCUAUUUCACACUAUUGCAUGCCACCCUAACAUAGCCACAUCCAAGGUAGGCAUUAGAUACGAGAUCCCACCUGCCCCAGGAUUGAGGUUUGGCCAUGUAAGGGGAUACAGGGCAAGCUCUGUGGGGCUGGGAUCAGGUGGGGAGUGCAGGUCUCAAUAAACCUCAGGAUCUGAAUGAACUGACUCUGGCUGUUGUACAUGCAUGUAUUUGCUUGGCCCCCAAAUGUGGGGACCUGGUUCUUCCUUGCCCCUCUACUGAGAGCACCCUGGCCUGAACUCCAAAAAGAAGAGCUGGAGUCAGGUGCUAAAGGAAACCUUGUAUUUCACAGGCCUCGAUUUGCUAACAAAAAGACUAAUAAUAA